AUGGCUAGUGAACAAGCGAGACCCUCUCAGUACAAGCAAUCUUCCCGCAAGGGCAAGAAGGCGUGGAGAAAAAACAUUGACAUUUCGGAUAUCGAAAAGUCCAUCCAGCUUCGAAACGAUGAGGAAAUAACGCAUGGUUCAAAGGACUUGUCCAGCUUGGCUAAUAAAGAUCUUUUCCAGGUUGAUACGGAGGGUGAUGAGGAGCUGAAGCGUAAACUGAUCAAACGGAAACAGAUCAAGAAAAAUCUGAAAUCAGCAGAAAUCCUAGAUUCGAUCAAAACAAGAUCGAAAGUUCCAGCGCUCUCACAUCCAAAGAGUGGCUCCAAACAGGCACAAAAGGCUGAUAAAAUCCAAGGUGUUUCGAAAAAAGAGGUCAAACGGUUAAUGGCUCUGGCUGGUAGAAUAGAUGGAGAGAGCAAGCUAAAAAAUGCGGUCAAUAAGAGGGGUGUCAUUAGAGCAGGAGGUAACAAUGACCUGUGGGGAGCUGAGGAUGAACCCACACUACCAUCUGGUGUCAAAAUGUCUCUGAAAGAGGGCCAGCAGAUUCCUGAUGAAUUGAAAAACAUGUCUACCACGGGGUGGUCGAAGGCAUCAGUGGCUCCAGAUACAAUCACCAGAGCUCCAGUCCUGGUCAAGGCUUUCGAAAAGACUCCACACGCGGGCAAGUCUUACAACCCAAGCAAUUCGAGCUGGUCUCAACUGAUAGAAACCGAGUACGAGGGGGAAAGGGCCAAAGAAGAAGUCAGGCUUCAAAUGGAAGCCUAUAAGGCCAGAAUCGCUCAUCUGAUCGAAACUUUGGACAACGAUGAGGAGGAAGAAGAGGAUGAAGAGGAGGACUCCGAUGAUGGUGAAAAGUCUGACGAGCAGGACGACAGCGGUCUGAAACUCUCGCUUAACAAGCCUGUGAUCAAUAAAAAGAAAACGAAGUACCAGAGAAACAAGGAACGUCGACACAAGCAGAAGAUGGAGGUGCAAUCCGAGCUCAAACAGCUCAAAGUACAGUUGCGUGAAUUGGAACGGUUCGAGGAGCUUCAAAAGGCCGUCGAGGAAGCUGAGACGGCUCGUGAUGAAAAGACAGCACACAGGGUUGAGAAACCUUCCCGAGCAAACAAGAAGAACAAACUUGGUACAAAGCAUUCGGUUCUUGACACUAAUCUCGAGGUCAAGUUUUCCGAUGAGCUCUCUGAUUCAUUGCGUAAGCUAAGGCCCGAGGGAAACCUUCUUUACGAUACGCUUCGGAAAUUGCAAGGAUCUGGUAAGAUCGAAACCCGUAUACCAGUCAAAAAGGGUAGGAGAUAUUCACCCAAGGUCACCGAAAAGUGGACCUACAAAGAUCUCAAAUGA